UCUGAAACAAUAAAGAUAUCGAAGAUAAUCCAUUUCAUCUCGUAUAUAAAUAUUUCCUCGAUUUCGAAAAGAGUCAGUUCAGUUAUUUUUCUCGCAAAAAUGAGAGUUUUUCUGUGCUUGAGUGCUUUGCUCGCCUUCGUGGCCCAGAGUUACGCAGCGAAUGUGGUCUGCUACUUCAACAGCUGGACCGUCUACAGAAAUGGAAAUGGUAAAUUCGUACCACAGAAUGUCGACCCCAAUCUCUGCUCUCAUGUGUUAUUCGCCUUCGUUGGUUUGUCCACUGACGGCAACGUCCGAAUCCUAGACGAAUGGGAAGCUAUCAAUCUGAACGGAAUCAGCGACAUCAUCAACCUUAAGCAACAGAACAAAGACCUCAAAAUUCUUGUCAGCAUGGGCGGUUGGAACGAAGGAUCAACCACAUACUCCAAUGUUAUCGGCAACCCAACUCUGAGAACCAACCUAGUCCGAAACAUUGUGGCCUUCAUCAGGCAAUACGGCUUCGACGGUUUCGAUCUCAGCUGGGAAUACCCCAACGGUAGAGGGGGAGUACCCUCCGAUGCCCAAAACCUGGUGCUGUUCCUUCAGGAGCUCAAAGCAAGCAUGGGCAAUCUUACUUUAUCUAUUGCUGGUUCAGGUCUCAUACAGCAGAUUGACCUUUCUUACGAUGUACCAAGCGUUGCCAAUACCGUAGACAUGAUCAACCUUAUGUCCUACGAUUACCGCGGUUCCUACGAUGGUUUUGUCGGCCAUGCAUCUUCUCUCUAUGCUUCAUCCAAGGACGUCACAAUCACAGCUCUAGGUUUGAAUGUAAACGCUACCAUACACCACUGGCUUGAAAAGGGAGCUCCAGCCUCAAAACUGAACAUGGGCAUUGUCACCUACGGAAGGGGGUUCACCCUAAGAGAUGCUGCUCAAACUGAUCUAUAUGCACCGACCCAAGGACCAUCUGCUGCUGGACCCUACACACAAGAACCUGGUAUGAUGGGAUACAAUGAGGCAUGUGAGUUCGACAGCCUCUGGCCACGAGUUUUUGACCAGGAAACAAGAGUGCCACAUAUAAUAAAUGGCAAUCAAUGGAUUGGAAUGGAGGACGUGAAUUCUGUUGAAGAAAAAGCCAAGCUGGUCAAGGAGUUGGGUCUUGGUGGUGCAGCAGUUUGGUCCCUUGACACAGAUGACUUCAAUGGAAUCUGUGGAGGUGGAAAAUACCCUCUGAUCAACAAAAUUAAAUCUAUUCUUCAGUAGAUUUGCAUAAAAUUAUAACAUUUAUUGAAUUCUAUAUUGAUGAAUUUUUUAUAUCGUAAAUAAAAACUCAAUUUACUCAUUGA